AUGGUUAGAGUAAACAGUUUGUUGAUAUAUUCUUUAGUCCUAAUCCUAAAUGGACUAAGUGAAAAAUUAAAGGUUAUGUUUACCGUAUCAGGAAAUAUUAUAUUAAAUGAUGAAUGGAUAAGUAAUGAUUGGAAGUCUAACUGGAAAAAUGAUUAUAUGCUUAACGAGUCAAUAAAUAAUAUUUUAAGGCAUGCACCAACACAAAAUAGAGCAAUAAUUAAUGAGCACAUUAAAGAGUUAUUAAGUGGAAAAUACAAUGCUGCAAAUCCUAGAAAAAUAAUACAUACAAUAUCUAACCUAGUUAAAAAUGGAAUGACAAAAAGUUUAUGUGAUCAUAAUAAAUCAUUUAUUAUUUUUAAAUUACCACAUAUAAUAUUUAAUUCGGAUUUAUUUCAUGAUGUUAAAUUGGAUACAAUUAAUGGAUUAAUUAAUAAUAUAACAAAACAUUUAGAUGGAUGUCAGUAUAAUGAAGAAGCAAAUAAUAUUUCAUUUAUAACUAAUGGAUGUCAAUCAGAAUCAGAUAGAAAUAUUAUUUUUGAUAAAAACCAACAAGAAGCUUUUAGUAAAGAUACUUCGAAAUUAUCUCCCAGUAAUAAUUUUUUUAGCACCCUCUUACAAUGUUCUGUUGACAACAUAGGGUCAGGUGAGAAAACGAUGAUAUGUGUUCAAGAGCAUUUAGCCAAACGAAAUUUAAAAAUGUCAGACACUUGUGUAGCAUGUUUUAGACAGUCAGUAGAUUGUGGACGAUCAAACUGUUGGAUGCCUUGCUUAUUUGGUAGUCCUUGUAGUGAGAAGUGCUAUAACUGUGCUACAACAAAUUGUAACAAGGAGUUGAUUCGUUGUAGUGGUUUGGAUGACCUUCCCGGCGCAUGUUCAUGA